GUUACGACUGCAGGUAAGAUGAGCGAUCAUCCUCUAGGUGCUAGAAGUGCAUCUUCAGAUCAGAGCGAUCCCGGAAGUAAGAGCGAUUCUGUCGCAGCUGUAAGCGUGCUACAAGGUGUGAAGAUACCAACAAUCAGCGAAAUCACCCGACAACUGUUCCGCGAGAGCCAAAACCCAUUACCAGAAAAACCUAUUCCAGCUGGCAAACUAGCAACGAUGGAGAACAAGAACAAGAGCAGUCCUAUCAUAGAGACACCAUCUAGAAGUGCUACAUCAACAACACUAUUUGCGCCAUCCAUCUCAUCAACCCCAACUUCUUCUCCCACAGCACCGUCCAUAGAAGCUUCUCCGUUCUGGUUCCCUAAAGCAGAUCUUUGCUUACUAAAAUCCGACACAGAAGGCCACGAC